AUGGCUGCGCUGCCAAGGCUGGUUUGUGCGUCUUCGGUCGUGUUGGUGGUCUGGGCUGGUUUUUGUUCUGCAGUAUGUGUUGAAGUUCCAUCAGAGACAGAGGCUGUCCAAGGAACACACAUGAAGCUACUCUGCAUCUCCUGCAUGAAGAGGGAAGAGGUCACAGCCAGCACAGUGGUGGAAUGGUUCUACAGGCCGGAGGGUGGAAAAGAUGAACCUAUCUAUGAGUACAGGAAAACGAACCAUGAAUUUCCAAGCCGCUUCAGUGGUCGGAUACAGUGGAAUGGGAGUAAAGACAUGCAGGAUGUAUCCAUCACUGUGUUAAACGUGACCCUGAAUGAUUCGGGUAUCUACACCUGUAACAUCACCCGGGAGUUUGAGUUUGAGAUUCACCGACCUCUCUUCACAAGCUCCAGAUUGAUCCACCUCACCGUGGUGGAGGAGGCUGGAGAAGACUUCACCUCGGUCAUCUCUGAAAUCAUGAUGUAUAUUCUGCUGGUCUUCCUCACCUUGUGGCUACUGAUAGAAAUGGUCUAUUGCUACAGGAAAGUCUCUAAGGCAGAGGAGGCUGCCCAGGAAAAUGCGACAGACUAUCUUGCGAUUCCAUCAGAAAACAAGGAAAACUGUGCCGUGCCUGUGGAGGAAUAGCAGAAAGGAAUCAGCGGAACAAACGGCACCAAGGGGCUCUGAAGACAGAAGGACCACGUCAUGCCAGCCAGGUUUGAGGGGGAGCUCUGCGCCGUCGGGAGGAAAUACGGGGAAGUGUAAAUUCUCUUCCAUUUGCCUUGGACUCUGUACAGCCUUGACUUUGGCCUCAUGACUCCAUUCUGAGCUGCCGGCCUAUUUGCUAAAGGACUCUUCUUUUGAAGCAUGCUGAGCAAAGGGCACAGGGGUGUGGGCAGCACGGCUCCUUCCCAAGUUUCAGUCCCAUCAUCAUGUUAAUGGCUUUGUAAUGUUAAGUGUCAUUUCUUAGCUGCUGUCACCACCACCUUUAUUUGCUAAAUAUGCUAUUUCUCCAUUGCAGAGGUAAAGGGUAUGUAU